AUGGCCUUUUCGGUUGGGUUCACCCGUUUCGUUAUUUCAAGUGAUCCGGGUUCGGCUAAGGACAUUCUCAGUAGUUCUGCCUUCGCUGAUCGUCCCAUUAAGGAAUCCGCUUACGAGCUCUUGUUUAAUCGGGCAAUGGGAUUUGCUCCCUUUGGAGAAUACUGGAGAGAGCUAAGAAGGAUUUCAGCUACUUACAUGUUUAGCCCGAAGAAAAUAGCUUGUGCUGAAGGAUUCCGUAAAAACACAAAUGGAUCUAAAGGGGAUGUUGAGAUCAAGCAAGUUCUUCACUAUGGUUCAUUGAAUAACAUGAUGAUGACUGUUUUUGGAAAGUAUUAUGAUUUUGGUGAAAAUGGGGACGGUUUGGAAUUAGAGGGAUUUGUUAGUGAAGGAUACAAGUUACUAGGGACAUUCAAUUGGAGCGAUCAUUUCCCGAUUCUAGGUUGGCUUGAUGUUCAAGGUGUGAGAAGGAGAAGUAGGAAACUAGAAAUGAUCUUCAGAGGAACAGAUACUGUUGCAAUUCUAUUAGAAUGGAUUCUAGCAAGACUAGUUCUUCAUCCAGACAUUCAAGCCAAAGCUCUCGCCGAAAUUGAAACAACUAUUGGCUCUUCAAGGGCGGCCCCCUCCUUUCAUGGGCUCGUCUUGCAAUCCACGACACACAUGUUGGGCCAGUACUUUGUCCCUGCAGGGACCACGGCCAUGGUGAAUAUGUGGGCCAUAGCACAUGACAAAGGAAUUUGGUCGGAGCCAGAAGAGUUCAGGCCAGAGAGAUUCAUUGAACAGGAUGUGUCUGUCAUGGGGUCUGACAUGAGGCUCGCCCCUUUUGGUUCAGGAAGGAGGGUAUGUCCCGGGAAAACUAUGGGUCUAGUUACCGUUCAUAUUUGGUUGGCUGUGCUUCUUCAGAACUUGAGUGGACCUCUAAGGAUGAUGUGGAUUUGA